GCCGCAGCGAGACACUGCAGCCGUGACGCCGUGUGAAGAGUGGUGCAGCGCGAGGCUGCGACGUUUUUUGGAGCGUUUGUUUCCCCGCCGACAGCAAAGACAUCAUGGAGACCAAACCUGUCAUCACCUGCCUUAAAACUCUCCUCAUCGUCUAUUCCUUCGUCUUCUGGAUAACGGGGGCCAUCCUGCUGGCGGUGGGAGUAUGGGGGAAGUUGAUGCUGGGCCCGUACAUCUCGCUCAUCGCCGACAACUCCACCAACGCCCCCUACGUCCUCAUCGGCACCGGGACCGUCAUUGUCGUUUUUGGCCUCUUUGGAUGCUUCGCCACGUGCAGAGGAAGCCCAUGGAUGCUGAAGCUGUACGCCAUGUUUCUGUCGCUGGUCUUCCUCGCUGAAUUGGUGGCCGGGAUUAGCGGAUUUGUCUUCCGCCACGAGAUUAAAGGAACAUUCCACAGGACGUACACUGACGCCGUGCUCAACUACAACGCUGAGGACGAGGCCAGCCGUGCUGUUGACAACCUGCAGCGCCGGCUGCGCUGCUGCGGCGUGUACAACUACACCAGUUGGUUUGCCAGCGUCUACUACCCGCCCAACGGUAUGCCCGCCAGCUGCUGCAUGAACACCUCCGACUGCAACCCCGUGGACCUCCGUAACGCGACCGUGGCCCCCAACAAAGUCUACCACAAGGGAUGUUACGAGCUGGUCACUUCCUUUAUGGAGACCAACAUGGCCAUCAUUGCAGGUGUGACGUUUGGCAUCGCCUUCUCUCAGCUGAUUGGCAUGUUGCUGGCCUGCUGUCUGUCCAGGAUCAUCACAGCCAAUCAGUACGAGAUGGUCUAGCUGACGUCACGAGGCAGUGAGAUGAAGAGAAGAUAAGAACGAGAGCGACACACACGACAGUACUUUUUUCCUUCUAGUAACACUAAUCACAUGUCUCUCUUUGUCUCGCUGCCUGCCGACAUCCCAUAAUGUUAACAUGGAACUUCUCAUUCCCAGCUUUGAGCGCCACACACCACACUGUCUGGACUUAAUACUGCUUGUCCUUCACACUUGUAGUAGCAGUCACUACUGCACUUUUAGACGAAUCCACUGUAUGUUUGGCUCCCAGACACCAGGGGGUGCUGUUGGGCCGCCAGCUCACUGGAUGACAGGAAUCAGGGCCUAAGUGGAGAGAGGAAAAAACAUGCUAACUCGGCAGAAUUUGUUCACAUAUACAAGAAAUCUACGACCCUUUUUGUCCUAAUAAGAACUCUUAAAGUUGUACCGCCUUUACUUUGAAAAUAAGGAAUGACUCAAUUCUCCAAUAAUUCCCCUUUUUAUGUACGAUAACUUAAAUCAUAAUAUAAUCAUAUUUAACUUCAAUCCCAAUUCAGUACGACGCUACAGCUUUUUUUUCUUCUGAUACUACGACUUUGUUUGAAAACGACUUUCGGAUUUGUUAAUAUAUUAUGACUUUAGCUUUUAAAAAAAUUCGAACAAUUUUCUCCGAAUACGAUUUUAUCUUUGAGACAUAACUUUAUUUCUUGCAACAUUACAACUCAUUAAAUAACGGAAGAUUUAUAGCUUGUUAAAAUGUAUUUUGUAAGUACGACUUUUUCAAAAUCAAGUUGUUUUACAACUUUGUUCUCGUAAUAUUACAACUUUUUGUUUUUUAAAGUACGACUUAAACACCUUUUUUCUCCUAAUCCAAGAUUGUUCUGGAAACAUUACCACUUUGUUUCUUGCCACAUGACAACUUUUUGCUGUCCUAAGAUGGCGGACGAUGUACAAAAUAACGACAUAUUUCAAAGGACCGCUUUUCUUGCACUUUACAACUUAUUUCUCGUAAUAUUUGAUUUUAUUCUUGAAACAUUACAACUUUGUUUUUGUUUUUUUUCAGUAUUACUACUUAAUUUAAAAAAGGUAAAAAAUCAGUUAUUUUUUUUAUGAUACCAUGACUUUGUUUUCAGAAGUAACAUUUAUCGUAAUGUUCUCUCGAAACAUUUCAGAUGACAUUUUUCCUAAAGUACAACUUUGUUCUCCUAAUAUUUUGACUGCAUUGAUUAAGAAGUACAUUUUUUAACGACCUACUUCUUUCGGACUAUACUUUUUUUUUUUCUUCCUCGUGAUAUUCAAGCUUGUGCAUUGCGAUAUUACUACUUGAUUUAAAAACGGGCAAACCGUAACAAUUUUUCUUACGAUAAUACGCCUUUCCUUUUAAAAUUUGUCAUUUGCGACUUUGUUGUCGUUAUAUUGUGACUUUAUUUUCCAAAUAUGUGCGACUUUAUUCUUCUUACAACUUCUUAUUUUGUUUAGAGAUUGCCUUUUUUUCCUUUACACACUAAAAAAAUGACGACUUUGUUUCUCGUAAUAUUACGACUUAAUUCUCAAACUUACGACUCUCUUAAUAUUUCAACGACCAGAUUUUUUGUUCUAACUCUUGUUCUUGUAUGGCAUAAUUAUAUAUUCGUACAAUUGAACUAACACUUUUUUCGAGUCAAAAAUGACAACUUCACAAAGAAAUGGAAAAAAAUUCCCCCCUCAAACUUGAUUGAUUCUUGCAGUAUUUUUGUUUUUCCUCAAUUAUUCAUGAUUGAAAUGAAAAAUAUUAAAAGGAGUAAGUUUUGAUGAAAGGAUAUUUGACUGAAGCCGUGGUGUUCUGUGUGGUGCAUCAAAUGUCUUCAUUAUCAUCAUCAUCAUCAUAUCUGUAGAUAUGUACUGUAAAUGUCAUUUAUAAUGAUGUCAUGUUUCUCAUUCUAAUAUGCUCAUUGGAAGAAUCUGCUGUUUAGCUGUAUUUGUUUGCACUGAUCAAUAGUUGUAGAUCAAUAGACUUCUCGUGGACUUUGGCAUUACAGCUUUACCAAGUGAGUCUCUUUUUUUCCUUAGUUUGUGUGCAAAAAUGAUUGAGAUCAUUGAAGUAUUUUCCUUCUGUGACGUACUGGAGUUACUUAUUAAAUAUUGUGUUUAUUGAGUUUUUAGGUCAGUAUUUGAUGGUGGCUUUUUUUUUGGUGAAAAUACUCAACUACUUGCUAUUAAAGCUGUACGGUUAUUUUGGUGAUUUUAAUGUUGUCUUGUAAAUAUGAAACUGUUAUGCCAUCCAGCUUGCACAUGGGGUCACCAGACACCCCAAAACUACACCAUAAUGUCUACUAUUAAUUGAAGUCACCAUCUGAGGUCUUAUUAUUAUUAUUAUUAUUAUUAUUAUCAAUAAAUUGAAAAAUGCAA